CAAGUUGCAUGCCUUUUAGAUGCUAUCCUUGGAGUGGACAGCAGCUCCAGGCUGCUUUAGUUUGAUCUCGUGCCACGUUACAUGCAUGCAAUAUCCUUAUCAGUUCAGAGGACUAUCUCUGCAUCUGGGGGAAAACUGAGAUCCCGCCGCCUAACACUGCUUUCUCUGUUCCAGCUGUAUUCUCAGAUCAGACGCUAUAAGAUGACUUUCUACAACGACAUCUACCCCUUCUACCCUCUACAAAGGAUCUCCUUCAUCUUCAGUGGUCGCUUACUCACCAUUAUUCUAGUCUUCUUGGUGCUAGCGUCCAGUCUUCUCCUCAUUCUGCCGGGAAUACGGGGGAAGUCGAGAAUUUUCUGGAUGCUCAGGAUAAUCACCAGCCUGUUCAUCGGUGGGGUCAUAGUGGUGCUCAACUUCACUGACAACUGGGCUGAAGCCAGAAUGACCACAAACGCCACCUACAAGUCUUUCAGCAGCGUGGUGAUUAAUGCUGAGGUCGGCCUGCAUGUCGGUCUGUACGGCAUUAAUGUGACACUGAAAGGGAAUCCUGUCGUGCAGUUCAAUGAAACCAUCAACUACAACGAGAUGUUCAGCUGGCAAGACCUAACCGAAGAAGAGUAUGAGGAAGCUCUGGAGAAAGGCUUACCCAAUCCCAUCCUCUACAUUGUUGAAAAGUUCACCCUCCACAGUCCGUGUGGUCUGAUCUUCCAGUACAGAUACUCAGGGAGAUUUGCCUCUGCAACACUUUGGACUGCGUUUUGCAGCUGGUUGCUCUCCAACAUCCUCUUCUCCAUGCCCGUCAUUUUGUACGCCGGUUACAUGAUGAUAGUCACUGCUGGCUUCAUUUUCUUCUCCAUGGCCUCCUUCUCCACCAUCAUGAACGUGCCUCAGUGCGUUUUCGCCAUCGGAACGGACUCCGUUUUGACAGAAUACAGCCAUUCGUUCUGGUUGGCGCUCGCUACCGGAGUUCUGUGCACCGUCAUCGGAACCGUCGUGGUGACGCUGAACUUCCUGAUACCAGAGAAGAUGAAGACGGCGUUCAGCGUUGGUGUCGACGGCUGUGAGGAUGAGGACAUUUUUUACGGGGAAGGAUACCUAAACUCCGUUUUUCUUGACGGGGCGCAUUCUCCUCUGUCUUUAAGAGUUAAAGAAGAUCAUUUAUGAAGUUGCCAGGAUUUUUUUUUCUCACAAAUUAUACUUGAAGAUUUUGUUUGCUGAAUGUGUUAUAGAGUCUAACUGCCUAUGUGAGCCGAAGUGUUAUAAACUGUUUUUUUUUGUCAGGGUGCUGUGGUUG